CCGACGCUUCCCAUUAGUCCCAGGAGAAGAAGCGGCCGCAGCAACAGCAGCAGUAGCAGCGCGUUAGUUGGGGAAACUUCAGCGACUUUAUGGCAAACAAGUAGAAGGGUACGUUGCCCUCCUACGGUUGCUUUUAGAUUACUACUCUGAUUGUGUAUGGAAAGUGCUCCUGGAUGGACCUGGGUGACAACAGCUGGUCCAUGGUCAAACGAGAAGUUUCCAGCAGCCCAGGCUCGCCGGCCGAGCAGAGCUACCUGCCCGGUGACAGCAGCAGGAGGGACGGGACCACGCCUCCGAGCGAGCUCGACGUGCUGGGCCACCGGCGCCCGGACGGCAGGUCGCUGCACUCCUACCUCCACUUCGGACACCACGGCAACGCCGCGACCGCCGGCGAGGACAUCCCGCUGUUUACGGACUUGGACCAGGGGAGCAAGCUCGUCAUCUCCGCCGGAGCGCACAAGGCGAGCCUGCUGGUGGACCACGCCGACAUGUACCAAACUUUGGCCAUCGCCGCAGCCCAGAGCCAGACUGGAUACGAUUCCUCCUCCGGUGGCUACAUGCACUCCAGCCCCAACUCCCCGGUCUACGUGCCCAGCUCCCGGAUGAACCCGAUGAUUUCCAGCCUCUCCUACCUGCAGGCCGGCGGCUCCGCGCAGCCCGGCCACGCCGUCUCCAGCCACUCGGUGUGGUCGCAGUCCACCCCGGAGAGCCCGUCCUCGUACAGCGCCGGGAGCCCGCACGCUUCCAGCCGGUUCCACUACCCCCCGAGCCCGCCCAUGAAUAACGGGACACCCCGGGACAGCAGCUACGCGAACACGCUAAACGUGGGCAGCAGGGACCAGUACGGCCUCUCCCGGCCUCUCAGCGGGACCUACCCGAACCCGUACUCGCCUUAUGUGGCACCUCAGCUGCCCUCGCCUUGGACCGGGGGACCUUUUGAUAACACCAUGCUGCACACUUUGCAAAGCCGGGGCGCGCCCUUGAUUCGGGGUCCAAACGGAGUUUCAGACAUCCUGGAUGACAUGGCGGAGAGCCGGGAAUGCGUCAACUGCGGCUCCAUCUCCACGCCGCUGUGGAGGCGCGACGGUACGGGCCACUUUCUCUGCAACGCCUGCGGCCUCUACAGCAAAAUGAACGGGCUGAGCCGGCCACUCAUCAAACCGCAGAAAAGGACGUCGACCUCCAGACGGAUCGGCCUCUCCUGCGCAAACUGUCAGACCAGCACGACGACCUUGUGGCGCAGGAACGCAGAAGGAGAACCGGUGUGCAACGCGUGCGGUCUCUACACUAAACUACACGGAGUACCUCGACCGCUCGCCAUGAAGAAAGAGGGAAUCCAGACUCGAAAAAGAAAACCUAAAACUUUGAGUAAAAGCAAAGGAUCUUCGGGCACUAACAACUCUGUCUCCAUGACUCCCACAUCCACCUCCUCAUCCAAUUCUGAAGACUGCUCCAAAACCAGCUCUCCCUCUGCACAAGUGUCAGGGGUCAGUUCGUCCGUGCUGCCCGGCUCGGGGGAGGGGGCCGGCCCCGGCUCGGCGGUGAAGUACCAGGGACAGGACAGCCUGUACACCAGCGUGGGCUUGACCCAGUCGUCAGAUGUAGCCUCAGUGAGGGGGGAACCCUGGUGCCCCAUGGCCUUAGCCUAAACACUCAAAGUUUUUGCGUGUGCGUGGACAGAAAUCCAUGACCUCCCCUGUUGUGUCCGGACGCUGUGGUGUGGAUAUAUCUGCCCCCCCCCUCCCCUCAGCCGAUGCAAAACGUGGUGGUGGAAAGGAGGGUCGAAGCGAGCGGCAGUCGCAGCUUAAACCUUGAUCCGUGCAUGGAAUAUCUGGGGAUUGGCGCUGGCGUCUUGCAGUCAGUGGAAACGUCAGGCCGGACAGUCAGCCCAGGGCACUGGAUGGUUUUUGAGCCUGAUCUCUCCCUUCGGUGGCUCUUCAAAGCCAAGCCAUCGUGUAAAUAACGGAUUUCCUCCCCCCCCCGCAGAAAACACUGCUGAUCGGACACGAGUGCUUGAUGAAGCACUGAGGACGUUUAGAUUGUUCUUCUUCUUCUCUCCCCACAACUGGAAUCACGCCAUAAGUGCUGAGAUGACUUUGAUGAAUCAAGAAAAAAAAAACAACAAAAAAAAAAACAACCAACAACUAUAUUUAUAAAUCUCCAAUUGUUGAGAACCUAUGAUUGUUAAUAAAGAUAUCAAUAUAGAGCUGAUGUUAAACCAUUCUGAAGUCUUUUUUUUUUGUUGUUGUUGUUGCUUUUGUUUUAAGUGUUUGUUGAAUCUGCACGUGUUUUCCACCGAAAGCUCUUACUGCUUGUGUUAAAAGUAGUUUGGUUAAAACAGGGUAUAAAGUUUAAAUGUCAGUGUUUUUUUUUUCUUUUUUUUUUUUCUCUAAUCAUUCUCUUCAAAACAUGCAAAUGAUUGAUUCCUUCUUGUUUUAUACAUUAAAACGUUGUCAUCCAUGGGGGUGAGUAAGGUACUAUUCUUAAAAGAUGUCUGCAUGCGGUCGGACGUUGUGUGUUCAAAGCUCAGCCGCUAUAUCUGAACGGCUGCACUGGCCGGCUCACCGUUUCACAACUCUAGCAUGUGCCGUUGUGUCGUUUUUCAACACAGUUAGAUCAACAUAGGGAACGUGGUCACCGCCCGAAUACUUCAUGCUAAUUUCAUUUAAUUAAUUGCUGUAAUGAUUUUUUUAAAUCAACUAUUAGGAGAUCAUGUCAUUUGUUUUGGAGAGGCAAAACGACCGAGAUCCAGAGUCGACCCGAGGCAUAAGCGAAGCGGGCAACCCAAGGCUCCACAGCCAAGAGGGGGGGCCCCUGGGAUCUCUGGAGCCGUCUCAAAAGUCAGGUUUACAAAUACGGCGCCUUAGUGUUGCUCGUGCAAAUUUGCAAUGUUUAAAAUGUUUUAUGCAAUUGAAUGUAGCCAAGCUUUGUUUUUCUGAGUAAAAUAUAUUGUUGCUAUCUUUACGCUCCACCUUUCUACAAAGAACAACCCCCUAAACUGCAGAAAUAACAAUAAAUUACUAUAAAAAAGGGUAAUGUUUAAUAUAUAUAUAUAUAUAUGUGCUACAAUAUGGUCACUGAAACGGCCUCAAAUCAAAUUCUGUUUGUGGCUAUUUCUGCUUCCUAACUGACUUUGCAGCAUGAAAAGUUUUUUUUUUUUUUGCUGGAUUUUUGUCAUUAUUUGUUGGAUUUAAACUAAAAAAAAAAAAAAAAAAAAAAAAAAGCUAAUUCAAUCAAAUUUGAAGGGGCUGAAACCUGGAGGCAGUUUCCUGAGUUUAAGCUUCUCCUCUUCAUGUCCGGAACUUGUUCCAUUCUUGUAGAGAUUUUGUCAUUCCUUCCCCUGAACGUAUUUAUUUUUUAGGAGACCAUGCUCUCUCUGCUAUUUUUUUUAAUUUUUUAUUUUUUUUUUAUUUUUCUGGAACAUCAUGAGAAAUGAUUCUAUUUAAAUCCAGUCCAAUAAAUCGUUCUGAUGAAGCAAAUAAAUUUAGACUUUGUUUGAAAAGAGGCACGCCAUUUUCAAGGCAGAGCUGUGAGCAGGGUUGGGAAUUUAUGAAGAGAGUCGUGGUGUUGGACGCGCGGGCAUUCCUCAUGAGUCAUUCAUGCUUUCACUCCCCGUUUCUGUUUUGCUGGACAAAAACUUUAUCUUGUUAGAUAUUUUCAAGACCAACUAAUGGAAGCGAAGAAAAAAUGUGGCUUCUUUUAGAUGAAUUUAGAUGUUAAAAAAAGAAUCUGUAGCCAAAAUAAAACCCAUAAAAUGUGCUUUUUGUUUUUACAUUUACUCCCCCUAUUUCACUCUGUUCAUGUUCUAUAUUUAAUUAAAGAAAGACAUUAUUCCCCGUGGAAA